AUUGUCUGCUCAGGAUGUGAAAUCCACAGUCUGUGGAUGAAGUUUGUUGUGUCCAGCACAGCCUAAUGAGACUGAGUGGGAUUUAGCUUAAAGCUAAAUUGAUUAUAAAUAUAUCUGAGGAGCCACAGGAGUUUGGAGCUCAGUUCAGCUCUUCAUGGUCAGUUCUUAAAUUGCCAUAGAAAGUAUUGGGUGGGGGUUUAUUGAUUAUAUCAUAGUAGAUAAAAUAUAUCAUAGUAGAUGAGAUGAGUUAAAGCUGCAUCUUCAUUCUACAUUUUAGAGGAUGGGCUCACGCAUGACAGUGUCAGAUUAUGUUUUCAAAAACUCACCACAGGUUUUAAUAUUUGUAAUUUAUGAUCCAGGAGAGAAAUAUGUGGAUAUCUCAGGGGAAAUGCUUUGUCCACAAACAGUAUGUUAGAUUCUGAUAAAAUCUGUGAGGUGAUUUGUAUCUGCAUUUUUAUCUGUUAAGGGUUAUGAAAACUUAGGGGAGCUUUGGGGGCUUUUACAGGUUUUUCAGCUUGUUUUUUGUGGCAAUUUUGAUUGUUUCUAGAGUAGACUUCCAGUGCUGCUAGAGAACAAGAAUGAAAGUGUUAUGGACAGUGUUGCUUCAGCAUAGGUUAUGAGGCAGGAAUUCGAUCAAAACCUUAUUUUUGUGAUUUUGGGUUUUUUUUUAGUUCAGUGUUUGAGAGUCCCUCCUUAGCUUACUGGGACAAGUCCUGAACGGGAACGUGUCCCGACCCUGCCUGCAGCCGGCUCUCUGCCCUCCUUGCUGGCAUUUGGCUGCGGUUUGGGGUCCGGGAUUUUUCCGAGGGUCCCCGGCCCUGAGGGGCUCUCGGAGCAGGUAGCGGUGCAAAUGGCGGCGAGGUCGGAACUACAACUCCCAGGGUGCUCCGCGCAGCGUCGCGUUGUGACGUCAUCGCUGCGCCAGGGAGCGUGUGGAGAGCGGCCGGAGCCCCGGGACAGCCCCGGCGGGACGGGACGGGACGGGACGGGACCGGAGGGCGAGGGGCGAUGGCUCAGGACAGCGAGGGGCCUCCGGCCAAGCGGUUCAAGGCAGCGCCCCCCGGCACGCAGCCCCAGAGCGCCGCGCCUCCCGCACACGUGCAGCGCCGCUCCCUGCCCAUCUCCGGAGCCCGCGGCCCGCUGCUGGCCCGGCUCCGCCGCCUCGACACCGCCGUGCUCAUCGGAGAAACAGGCUCAGGGAAGACCACUCAGCUCCCUCAGUACCUGUAUGAAGUGGGGAUUGGCCACCCUGGCAUCAUCGCUGUGACCCAGCCCCGCAGGGUGGCAGCUGUCACCCUGGCUGCCAGAGUCGCCGAGGAGAAGAGGACAGAGCUGGGGAGGCUGGUUGGCUACACCGUGCGCUUCGAUGAUUGUUCGUGUGCUGAGACCAGGAUCCGGUUCCUGACGGACGGAAUGCUGCUCCGAGAGGCCAUCGGGGACCCUCUGCUGCACAAGUACAGCGUGGUCAUCCUGGACGAGGCCCACGAGAGGACCAUCCACACUGAUGUGCUCUUUGGAGUGGUCAAAGCUGCGCAAAAGAAGCGAAAGGAACGAGGCCUGCGGCCACUGAAAGUGAUUGUCAUGUCAGCCACGAUGGAUGUGGACCAGUUCUCCCAAUAUUUCAAUGGAGCUCCUGUCAUCUAUCUGGAAGGCCGGCAGCAUCCCAUUGAGAUCUUUUACACCAAGGAGCAGCAGAGUGACUACCUGCAGGCAGCACUGGUGUCCAUCUUCCAGAUCCACCAGGAAGCCCCUGCAUGCCAGGACAUCCUGGUGUUCCUGACUGGUCAGGAAGAAAUUGAAGCAAUGACCAAAACCUGUCGAGAUGUUGCCCAGCAUCUCCCCAAGGGCUGCCCACGGAUGACAGUGCUGCCCCUUUAUGCUUCUCUGCCCCAUUGCCAACAACUCCGUGCCUUUAAACCUACCCCAGAGGGCUGUCGCAAAGUGAUCCUCUCCACCAACAUCGCAGAAACCUCCAUCACCAUUGCGGGGAUAAAAUUCGUUGUGGACACAGGCAUGGUCAAAGCCAAGAAGUACAGCCCUGAAACUGGGCUGGAAGUGCUGGCAGUGCAGCAGGUGUCCAAGGCCCAGGCUUGGCAGCGCACAGGGAGAGCAGGGAGACAGGAGAGUGGCAUCUGCUACCGGCUCUACACAGAGGAGGACUUUGACAAGUUUGAUGAAAUGACAACACCUGAGAUACAGAGGUGUAACCUGGCCAGUGUGGUGCUUCAGCUCCUAGCCCUGAAAAUUCCCAAUGUGCUCACCUUUGACUUCAUGUCCAAACCGUCUCCUGAUGCUAUUCAAGCAGCAAUUGAUCAGCUGGACCUGCUGGGGGCUGUGACUCAAAAGGAAGGUCAGCUUGUCCUGACCCCCCUGGGAAGGAAAAUGGCAGCCUUUCCACUGGAUCCAAAAUUCUCCAAGGCCAUCCUCCUGUCCCCCAAGUUCCACUGUGCAGAGGAGAUCCUGACCAUCGUGUCACUGUUAUCAGUGGACAGUGUCCUCCACAACCCCCCUGCCCAGCGGGAUGAGGUGCAGGCUGUCAGGAGGAAAUUCAUUUCCAGUGAGGGCGAUCAUCUGACCCUGCUCAACGUGUACAGGGCCUACAAGAACGUCAGCGGGCACAAGGGAUGGUGCAGAGAGAACUUUAUUAACGGCAGGAACAUGAAGCUGAUGGCAGAAGUCAGAGCUCAGCUCAGGGACAUUUGUGUAAAGAAUAAAGAAGUGAUGGUGAAAACCCAAAUCCUGCAUGUUGUUUUGUGAGGCACAGAACAAAUGAUCGUGGGACAGUCUAGGACCAGUCCUGGUGUUUAUUGUUCUCAUUGGAGUGUGGUCAUUGUCAGCAGUCUGAGCUUAAAGCUGUGAAGGUAACACACUGAAUCCCUGCUUUUUGUCCAGAAUGGACUCUGCCAUUUACAUGUGCAGUGCUCAGACGCCUGCAGGGAAUUGGGAGUUAAAAUUCUGGUCCUUUGAUGGGUUGGUAUCAAUUUGAUGGGGUGGUACAGAUGCUUUGCAGUGAAUAGCAAAUGGACUUUUUGUGCUUCUCCCCAACAGUGGGCACUAGUGCCAGCUGUUGGACAAAGGGAAGGCUUGGUGCCAGGAAAUACUGCUUUAGUCAAUCUUUCCUAUAAAAUACACAUUGCUCAAGGGGAAAAAAAAACCCCAAACAUUCAUUUUGUCUUUUUCUGAGGAGACUGCCACGCUCUGGCCUGGACACU